ACUUUCAGGGACGAACUUGGCUAUUUACCCCUUAAUCAAUCUUGUCCAUACUCCGUUCCGUUUGAGGCUGGUUGAGUUUGAUUUGUAUGCGUUUGAAUUUCUGAAUUCUGAAUUAGGGUUUUAGUUUGAGCGAGCGAGAAAUGGGUAGUCCCCCCAAGAAGAAUGAAGGCAAGGGCUUCUUCGCCGCCAUGUCUUCCGGCUUGUCCAUGUUCAGCAACGCUAUGCACCGAUCUGUUAACGGGCUUCUUGGAUAUGAAGGUGUAGAAGUCAUAAAUCCUGAGGGAGGUAAAGAGGAUGCAGAGGAGGAAGCUAACAGAGGAAGAUGGAAACAGGAGGAAAGGGAUGGUUACUGGAAGAUGAUGCAGAAAUAUAUUGGCUCCGACGUGACAUCGAUGGUGACAUUGCCCGUCAUUAUAUUCGAACCGAUGACUAUGCUUCAGAAAAUGGCUGAGUUGAUGGAGUACUCAUACUUGUUAGAUCGGGCAGAUGAAACAGAGGAUCCAUAUAUGCGGCUAGUGUAUGCAUCAUCAUGGGCUAUAUCUGUGUACUUUGCAUACCAAAGAACCUGGAAGCCUUUUAAUCCUAUCCUUGGUGAGACUUAUGAAUUGGCUAACCACGGUGGAAUUUCAUUUAUUGCAGAACAGGUGAGUCAUCAUCCCCCAAUGAGUGCUGGGCAUGCUGAGAAUGAGCAUUUUGCUUAUGAUGUGACUUCAAAGUUAAAAACUAAGUUUUUGGGAAAUUCUGUUGAUGUUUACCCGGUUGGAAGGACACGUGUGACCCUUAAGAGGGAUGGUGUAGUCUUAGAUUUGGUUCCACCUCCUACAAAGGUUAACAACCUAAUAUUUGGCCGGACUUGGGUUGAUUCACCUGGGGAAAUGAUAAUGACAAAUUUGACAACUGGAGACAAAGCCGUACUAUACUUUCAACCUUGUGGAUGGUUUGGUACUGGUCGCUAUGAAGUGGAUGGAUACAUUUAUAAUUCUUCAGAGGAGCCUAAAAUAAUAAUGACUGGGAAAUGGAAUGAGUCGUUGCGUUAUCAACCUUGCGAUGCAGAAGGAGAGCCUCUUCCAAACACAGAAUUGAAAGAGGUGUGGCAUGUUGCUGAUGUUCCUCCGAAUGAUAAAUUCCAGUAUACACAUUUUGCUCAUAAAUUGAACAGUUUUGACACUGCCCCAAGAAAGUUGUUAGCAUCAGACUCUCGUCUGCGCCCCGAUAGAUAUGCACUUGAGAUGGGUGAUCUGUCAAAAUCUGGGGCAGAAAAGAGCAGUUUGGAGGAGAAGCAGCGUGCUGAGAAGAGAACCCGAGAGGCAAAGGGGCAGAACUUCAGUCCAAGAUGGUUUGAUUUAACUGAAGAGGUUACACCAACUCCUUGGGGUGAUUUGGAAAUCUACCAAUAUAAUGGUAAAUACACUCAACAUCGGGCUGCUGCGGAUAGCUCAGGCAGCGUUGAUGACGUUGAUCUUAAAUCAAUUGAAUUCAAUCCAUGGCAGUAUGGUGAUUUGGCCACGGAAUGAAGCAGUUUCAAUUUAGUUUUGGGGAUGCUACUGUUAGUUCUUGUAACUUCAUACUGAUGCAUAGAAGAAAUCUACGUUUUUAUUCUGUGUCUAUUAGUAUUUUGUUUGAUAUAGAAUGUUUGAAUGGCUGGUACAUGUAGUGGUUAUCUUGAACUUGUAUACUUCAUUUCCUGUUUAACAAGUGAAACACUGUUUCACGUGUUACAUAGUCA